AUGGGUAUUAAGGGAUUAAAUGCAAUAAUAUCUGAGCAUGUUCCCACUGCAAUUCGCAAGAGCGAUAUCAAGGCUUUUUUUGGCAGAAAAGUGGCAAUUGACGCUUCAAUGUCGUUAUAUCAAUUCUUGAUCGCAGUGAGACAGCAGGAUGGUGGCCAACUGACGACCGAGACUGGUGAGACUACAUCCCACUUGAUGGGAAUGUUCUAUCGUACACUGAGGAUGAUUGAUAACGGUAUCAAGCCCUGUUACGUAUUCGAUGGUAAACCACCAACACUAAAAUCCCAUGAGUUGGACAAGAGAACUUCAAGAAGAGCUGAAACUGAAAAGAAAUUAGCAGAAGCAAUUGACCAGGUCGAGAAGAUGAAACAGGAGAGACGCCUGGUGAAAGUGUCGAAGGAGCACAACGAAGAAGCCAAGCACCUUCUCGAACUGAUGGGGAUCCCGUACGUUAAUGCUCCCACAGAAGCGGAGGCCCAGUGUGCGGAGCUAGCUAAGAAAGGAGUCGUUUAUGCGGCCGCAAGUGAAGAUAUGGAUACGCUCUGUUACAGAACUCCCUAUUUGUUGAGACAUCUAACAUUCUCAGAAGCCAAAAAGGAACCAAUUCAUGAAAUAGACACUGAGCUCGUACUGAAAGGAUUGGACCUUACAAUAGAACAGUUCAUAGAUUUGUGCAUUAUGCUAGGAUGUGAUUACUGCGAAAGCAUAAAAGGCGUUGGCCCGGUGACAGCAUUAAAACUAAUCAAAGAACAUGGAUCGUUGGAAAAAAUAGCAGAUUUUUUUGAAUCUGGUGAGGCUAAUGCUAAAUGGAAAAUUCCAGAAAAUUGGCCAUAUAAAGAAGUUCGUGAACUCUUUGCCGAUCCAGAGGUUAUUGACGGUAAAGACGUUAACCUCAAAUGGACUCAACCAAAGGAGGACGAAUUAAUCGAAUUUUUAUGCGUACAAAAGAGAUUCAGUGAAGAAAGAGUAAAAGCUGGCAUCAAAAGAUUGCACAAGGGUCUAAAAUCGGGGACACAAGGACGGUUGGAUGGCUUUUUUCAAAUGGUGCCAAAGACAAAAGAACAACUAGACGCUGCUGCCGCGAAGGCUAAAUUAGCUAAAAAGAAUGCUAAGACUAAAGGCAAAGUUGGCAAGAGAGGUAACUAG